AUGGCUGACUCAAAAAUUCAUCCAGCCACCACUGUCACGAAUAUCAAAACAGCCAUCCCCAUCACUCUCGAUCUCGAAAGCGGCCAAUACAACAAUUGGGCAACUCUCUUCAAGCUCCAUGCUCACGCCCACCUUGUACUUGACCACAUCAUCCCUCCUACGGAAGUUGCCGCUGCGAUGAUGGAUGCCGAAACAGCGACUUGGAAGAAGAUCGAUGACAUUGUCACGCAAUGGAUUUAUAGCACAGUUUCUUUGGAUAUUCUCAACACUAUCAUUGCUCCAGAUGAUGAAGCAAAAGAUGCUUGGAACCGUGUAGUGGAUUUGUUCCAAGACAACAAGAAUACGAGGGUCGUUCACCUUGAAACCCAAUUCACCAACACUCACCUUCGAGACUUCCCCAAUGUUGCUGCAUAUUGCCAGUGA